AUGACGAAGAUCAUCGCGGUUACGGGCGCCACCGGCUCUCAGGGCGGUGGAGUCGUCAAUGUGAUGAAGAAUACCGCCGGGUGGAAGGUCCGCGCUAUUACAAGGAACCCGGGGAGUGAUGCCGCGAAGAAGCUCUCGGACGAAGGUAUUGAAGUUGUCCAAGCGGAUAUGGAUGAUGAAGAGUCUCUCAAGAAGGCGUUUGAAGGCGUCCAUGCCGUUUACGCGGUGACGAAUUGGUGGGAGCAACUGUUCCGCGGCCACGGCCCGGACGAGUCAGGAGAGAUCGAGGAGAAGCACGGCAUGAACAUUGCUCGCGCCGCCGCCGCACAGCCCACCCUCGAGCACUACCUCUGGUCGACGACUCCCAGUGCCAAACGCGUCUUUGCAGGCGAGCACGUCACGCCUCACAUGGACUACAAGGCAAACGUAGACGCUAGGAUUAAGAGCGAGCUCCCCGAACUGGCGGCCAAGACUACCUACCUGUACUUUGGAUACUACCCCCAGAACAUGGCUUUCUUCCCCUCCUCAAGCCCUUCCAGAUGCCGAACUCAGAAAACUACGUGCAGAUCGUAG